AUGUCCUUGCACCUUACAGAGGAGCAGAGGAGAAAGAUUGAAGAGAAUCGGCAAAAGGCCCUGGCUCGUAGAGCCGAGAGAUUAUUAGCAGAACAGCAUCAAAGCACAGCCAGCGUUUUCCAGGCCACACAGGGCCCUUCCCAAAAUCCCCUGAGGGAUUCUUCUAAGCCAGUUACCCAUGAUGUCUUUUUCAAGCAAAAGAAUCCCACCAGUUCAUCAAAUGGUGACCAGAGACUUCAUAAUUCCCACAAAUUUCAUCUCAGCACACCAGAGCCAGCAGAAAGGACAGGGAGGAGUCAAGAAGAGAAGCCCACAGCCUGCCCAAGGCACAGGCCACCAGGUCAAACAACUCUCACCGGGGUCUCCUCUCUGGUAGCACAAAGUUCUCCAAAGGUCCCCGGUCAACAGCAGUUGGGUUAUGUGUUAGGUCAAGGUCAUGUUCAGGCUUCACACAAGACCAAAUCAACACCUUCUGCUAAUACAACUCGUGAGCUUCCGGCUAAACCAUUGAGUUCCUGGGAGACACCAGCUGCUUCUGGGCAGCCCCCUGGGGAUCCUGAAUUACUGACUGAGAGAGUGAGACCCUCCACCUCAGGGCAGACCAUUUCCCAUGUCCAUUAUGGCUCAGGGAGUGUGACCUCCAGGACAGACGGAAGGCUCCAACAGAAUCUGGGACCUUCACCUAAAAAAGAAGCAAGCUCCCAAAAGGGCUUGUGCAUUCGGGAUGGAGAUCGCUUCCAGGUGAAGAUUGGGUACAACGUAGAGCUGCUUGCUGUGUUCAAGAGUUUGCCCAGCAGAAGUUAUGAUCCAGCCACCAAGACGUGGAGCUUCAGCAUGACUGACUAUAGUGCGCUGAUGAAAGCGGCCCAGCAACUCCCCACGGUCACCCUGCAGCCUUUGGAAGGCACCAGCAGCAGCAGCCAGUCAGGCUCCACCAACAGCAGCAGUGAGUCGGCCUCCACCAGCAGCGGACGACAGGCCAGCCUCCCUCCAGCCCCGUCCCUUGCCUUUGUUAAAGGGCGUUGCAUGCUCAUCUCACGGGCCCGCUUUGAGGCAGACAUCAGCUACUCCAAAGACCUGAUCGCACUGUUUGAACAGCUGGAUUCCAGGAAUUACGAUGUCCAGACCAGGAAAUGGAACUUCCUCUUGCAAGAGCACAACAAACUAAUUGAAAGAGUGCGCUGCCUCCCACAAGUUCAGCUGGAUCCUCUGCCCAAGACAAUCGUCCAGGCUUUCGCUUCUCAAUUUGAGAAGACGUCUCCUCAUCUCACAGCAGAUGUUCCUGAGGCAGACCUUUCCGGAGUGGACUCCAAGCUUGUAGCCAGUCUGAUGCCCUUUCAGAGAGCUGGCGUCAAUUUUGCCAUAGCAAAAAGAGGCCGCCUGCUGCUCGCCGAUGACAUGGGCCUGGGGAAGACCAUCCAGGCCAUCUGCAUCGCAGCCUUUUACCGGAAGGAGUGGCCACUCCUGGUGGUGGUUCCGUCGUCUGUGCGCUUCACCUGGGAGCAGGCAUUCCGCCGGUGGCUGCCAUCUCUGAGCCCCGACCAAAUCAAUGUCGUCGUGACUGGGAAGGACCGCCUGACAGCUGGCUUGGUCAACAUCGUCAGUUUUGACCUUCUUAGCAAGUUGGAAAAACAGCUAAAAACUCCUUUUAAAGUUGUCAUUAUUGAUGAAUCUCACUUCCUCAAAAACAGUAGGACUGCUCGCUGUCGAGCGGCCAUGCCCAUUCUGAAGGUUGCCAAGAGGGUGAUCCUGCUGUCAGGCACACCAGCCAUGUCCAGGCCUGCAGAGCUCUACACUCAGAUCAUCGCAGUCAAGCCAACUUUCUUCCCUCAGUUCCAUGCCUUCGGCCUACGCUACUGUGAUGCCAAGAGGCUGUCCUGGGGAUGGGACUAUUCCGGCUCCUCCAACCUCAGCGAGCUGAAGCUCCUGCUGGAAGAAGCAGUCAUGCUGCGACGCCUCAAAUCUGAUGUCCUUUCUCAGCUCCCUGCCAAACAGCGCAAGAUGGUGGUGGUCGCUCCGGGACGCAUCAGUGCCAAGGCCAGAGCCAAGCUGGAUGCCGCAGCCAAGGAAAUGACCAUCAAGGACAUAACAAAGAAGCAGCAGAAAGAAGCCCUCCUUAUCUUCUUCCACAGAACAGCUGAGGCCAAAAUCCCGUCUAUCAUUGAAUAUAUCCUGGACUUACUGGAAAGUGGAAAAGAGAAGUUUCUAGUGUUUGCACACCAUAAAGUGGUUUUGGAUGCAAUCACUAAUGAGCUUGAGAGAAAGCACGUGCACCACGUCCGCAUUGAUGGCUCCACCUCCUCUGCCGACCGAGAGUCCCUGUGCCAGCAGUUCCAGCUGUCCGAGAGACACGCCGUGGCCCUGCUGUCCAUCACUGCAGCCAACAUGGGCCUCACCUUCUCCUCUGCUGACUUGGUGGUCUUUGCCGAACUGUUCUGGAACCCAGGGGUGCUGAUGCAGGCUGAGGACCGCGUGCACCGUAUUGGACAGACAUGCUCCGUGGGCAUUCACUACCUCGUGGCGAGAGGCACAGCGGAUGAUUAUCUUUGGCCUCUGAUUCAAGAGAAGAUUAAAGUUCUGGGUGAAGCCGGGCUUUCUGAGACCAAUUUUUCAGAAAUAACAGAUGCCACCGAUUACUUCUACAAGGACCCAAAGCAGCAGAAGAUCUACGACCUAUUCCAGAAGUCGUUUGAGGAGGACGGAAGAGAUAUGGAGCUCCUGGAGGCACUGGAGUCCUUUGACCCAGGAAGUGCUUCAGGAACACCUGGAAGCAGUUCCCAGGACGUGGCAGACACCCUGGAUGAGAGCACACUUACAGACAGUCCACCUAAGAAAAGGAAAUUUGAAUUUUUUGAUAACUGGGACAGCUUUACCUUUCCCUUUUAA